GCGCCAGCCCCGCCGUGAUGCCCGCGCGCCCCGGACGCCUACUCCCGCCUUUGCCCCGGCCGCUGGCCCUGGCCGCGCUGCCGCUGCUCCUGCUGCUGGGCGAUGGCGGCGGCGGCGGCCGCGGGGGCGCCUGGGCCCAGGAGCCGGGGGCGGCGGCGGCGGACGGGCCCCCCGCGGCCGACGGCGGGGACGGGCAGGACCCACACGCCAAGCACCUGUACACGGCCGACAUGUUCACGCACGGGAUCCAGAGCGCCGCGCACUUCGUCAUGUUCUUCGCGCCCUGGUGCGGACACUGCCAGCGACUACAGCCUACCUGGAACGACCUGGGAGACAAGUACAACAGCAUGGAGGAUGCCAAGGUCUACGUGGCCAAAGUGGACUGCACAGCCGACUCCGACGUGUGCUCUGCGCAGGGGGUUCGAGGAUACCCCACCUUGAAGUUUUUCAAGCCUGGCCAAGAAGCUGUGAAGUACCAGGGGCCUCGGGACUUCCAGGCGCUGGAAAACUGGAUGCUGCAGACGCUGAAUGAGGAGCCCGCGAUACCAGAGCCUGAAGCAGAGCCACCCAGAGCCCCUGAGCGCAAGCAGGGACUGUAUGAGCUCUCAGCGACCAACUUUGAGCUGCACGUUGCACAAGGCGACCACUUUAUCAAGUUCUUCGCUCCAUGGUGCGGUCACUGCAAAGCUCUGGCUCCAACCUGGGAGCAGCUAGCUCUGGGCCUUGAACAUUCUGAGGCUGUCAAGAUUGGCAAGGUUGAUUGUACACAGCACUAUGAACUCUGUUCGGGAAACCAGGUUCGCGGCUAUCCUACGCUUCUGUGGUUCCGAAGUGGACAAAAGAUUGACCAGUACAAAGGAAAGCGGGAUUUGGAGUCGCUGCGAGAAUACGUGGAUUCACAGCUGCAGAGCACCGAGCCGAAGGCCCCAGACACCGUCCAGCCUUCAGAGGCCCCGGCGCCGGCCACUGAGCCCAUGGCCCAGGGCACCGUGUUGGCACUCACGGAAAAGAACUUCGAGGACAGCAUUGCAGAAGGAAUAACCUUCAUCAAGUUUUAUGCUCCGUGGUGUGGCCAUUGUAAGAACCUGGCUCCGACGUGGGAGGAACUCUCUAGAAAGGAGUUCCCUGGUCUGGCAGAGGUCAAGGUCGCGGAGGUGGACUGCACUGCAGAGCGGGAUAUUUGCAGCAAGUACUCGGUACGAGGCUAUCCCACAUUGUUGCUCUUCCGCGGAGGGCGGAGAGUCAGCGAGCACAGUGGCGGCAGGGACCUUGACUCGCUGCACCGCUUCGUCCUCCGUCAGGCCAGGGACGAGCUGUAGGGCCCACUGGCCCGUCGCCCGGCCGCCUGAGCCCCGGCUGUUGGAGCUGAAUCAUGCCGGUGUUGUGGACUCUCACCUGGUGGGUUUUCAGAGAGCUGAAUGUACUAAACUUGUGGUAUCUUCUUUGUGUGUGUGUUUUUUAAGCCAACACUCUCUACGGAUUCUUUACUAAGUUUCUCUAAGUAAACACGUAACUCACGAUCCCUUCACAAACUAUUUUCCAUGGCGAUCUGUCAUCCCCUUCACCCUUCUCUUGAGGAAUCUCAGUGGUUUCCUUUGAGACUAAAAUAGAGCUGAGGAAAAUCAAA